AUGAGGAAUCUCUACCGCAGCUUGAUAUGCGGAAUACUCAGCUGGCCCGUGUUCUCCUCGACGCCCACAAUCGACGCGGCCUGGUCGACGCAGCAGAAGCAGCAACUCAAAGACGCACACUCAGACGCACUCCAGCACGCCUCAGACGAGGACGACAAGAAGCUCGUACAGCGCCAUCCUAUCCUCCACAAGCACUAUGGCGAGGGCAGCGACAAGCUGGGCGAUGUUAAGAUCAAGCCAGAUUCCCUGGGCCUGGCUUGUACCGAACCGAGCGAGAUGAUGGCGACGCGCGGCUUUGACACAGAUGCCCCUGAUAUCAUUGUGUGUGCGAACACCUUUGCUCAUAGCGGCAUUGAGAAGGGCUAUGACAAGCCCAAGGUGCAGGCUAUCAACUGCGACUAUAUCGGAAACCGAGUUUCGUGGAAGAUGGCAACCCUCGGGUCCUCACUGCUUCACGAAUACACCCACUUCACCAAGCUCGUCGUCCCGCCCCUGGUAAAGGAGACCGAGGACAACGACACACACUACGGCCCCAGCGGCGCGCGCGCCAUCCCCAAGGCCCGGGCUCUCCAGACCGCCGUGAGCUACACCGGGGACGCCGCCGUCGCGGCCGAGGGAUGGGAGAAUGCGCGCGGCGGCGACUGGAACUCGGGUGCUGAGACCGGCGGCGGUAAUUGGGGUUCUGAUGAUUCUGACUGA